AUGAGGGUGAGCAAGAUAACAGAUGUGAUAAUUACGAGUCCUGAUGAUCCCGAAUACAUUGCCGGGUUGGUUGGCUUGUGUUUGACGUUGGAGGGAAUUGAGUCAAGUACGUUCGAUGUAGGGGCUUGGAAGAAGCCUUACUUGUUUGAUAGAGAGUAUACCUCAAAUAAGGUGAUGUACAAACUCUGGUGGAGAGGCGUUGACUUGCAAAGUCAUGCUCCCAACCAAACUGUUGGAACGGAUCAAACGUUCGAUAUAUACAAGAAACUCAGGCAAUCAUUACGGUUCAUCCGGGUAUGGGGACCACCUGGUCUUUAUAAAGCGCUCUCCCCGUCGCUGAGGCUCACAGCUCGCUUGAGGAAGCUGUGUUUGGAGAUUGUCGAAAUUCCAGAACUUUCAGAAGGAAUGCCGUUGGUUCCGAAUUUGCUAAGUCGAUGGGACCCUUGCCUUGAACUCUACGUCCAGUCGGCCACAUGUACGCGGGUUAGCAAUGAUGCUUCCCCCGACCCAGGGAAUCCCUUGCCGAAGAAACGGAGACUGGAAGAAGAAAAUGACAUAGUAGAAAACGGCGAAAAAACGGAGGAUGGUCGAGAAAAGAAUGCUCAUGGUGGAGAUAAGGAAAAUGAUGAUGGAGAGGAAGAGAAUGAUAAAGAAGUGAAGAAUGACGGAAAAUCAGGGACUAGAAAUCCGUCUAGGGUCUACUCGAUUCCGUUAAUUUGCGGUCGGGGUAGAAAGCAGCUUGGCAAAUUUUUGGUUGAGAAAGCGAAGGCCUUGAACAUCCCCCCUGGUAAAGAUUUCGCCAAGCUCAAGUCUGGGGAAACAGUGACCUUGAAAGACGGCCGGGUAAUUCAGCCUCUCGACGUCUGUGAACCGUCAGUGGAAGGGGUCCCCUACAUCAUUCUGAACUGCAGCGGCGAAGAUGACGUUCGAUGCAUCCAAACGCUUCCAGGGUUCGCCCAAAGGUGCCGAGAAUUCGGCACACGAGGAGGGCUAAUCAUCAAUAUGUCCUCCGCAGAGGCCAAUGUACCCGAACGACUGCUUGGUAGUAAGCUUUUCGGCGAUCUUAGGAAUCAGAUUGUCAAUGUUCAAUGCUCCGAAAAUAGCUGUUACGCUGAGCACUUGUCAGGUAUCAAACCACUCGAGUCAGACAUGCAACCGCCACCCAUACUCUUUAUCAACACCCAGUUAGCGUUGAACGAAAUACCUGCAAGCCCGUUCAUUGAUCAGCAAGCUUUGAUUAAGGCGCUCAGUACGGAUCUACCAGAUUUAUUCGCUCACAAUGAAAUAACGUGUCCGAAACCUUCAUGGUUCGGCCGAAGAAUACCAAUGAUUCCAUCGGCGAAAGUAUACACUGCUCUAGUCACAAAACGUGCUGGAGGACGCUCUGAUAAUAAGAUGGACUGUAUUGAAUGCUUGGAUAUUGCGUCCAGUGCCGAUAAAGUCUCUGGGGACCUCCUGAGUAGCAUUAGGAAGAACAACGCAGAUUUAGCCUCGUUUGAAACUUCUUUCAAGCAGUUGCGGCGUCAAAAUAUGUUAACGCACACGUGUGCGAUUACAGAUUCCAUUCCUGCUGAUCUUUCUGUAACUCUUCUUGGUACAGGCGCAGCCGUCCCGUCGAAAUUUAGGAACGUUAGUUCAACAUUGCUUCGGUUUGGUGACGAUUUCUCCGUGCUGUGCGAUUGCGGAGAAGGAACCUUGGUUCAAAUUUUUCAGGCAACGAGUGCACCGCAAGCGCAGCGGCUGGUCCAGAGCAUACGUUGCGUGUUCAUUUCUCACAAGCAUGGGGAUCAUAUCAACGGCCUUCCUGAAUUCUCUCAUUAUCAAUAUAAGCGCGGAGAUCGGCGCUGUGAUAAGCUGACUAUUGUGGCCCCUGAUGAGAUGUUUGAUUGGUGUCGCAGGACGUGUGCUCCCCAUCACUUUAUCGCUUGCGAAGAUUUCUUGGUUGGGCUGACACCGGUUCUGACAUCAACUGGCUUAUCGCUUUUGUUGCGGACAGCCUACGUCGACCACGUCGGGAGAUUUAACAUUAGUACCACCUCAUUCGGAGCGCGUUUUCGGGUCACUCCUGGUCCUGCUUCCUCACAUUGUGACGAGUUACAGAAAUUGGGGAAUGUGCUGCUGGAGAUGACCGAUGAGCGCGUCGCCGUGAGUUCCGCCGACAAUUUGGUUUCUGGCGGCGCAAGCACGUGUGUGGCUUGCCGUCAGCAUAUCGACAUCGGAUUCAGCGGAGAUUUGAGUCCCACACCGGAUUUCAGUCGGCUCAUCGAAGGCGUCGAUAUUUUGAUCCACGAAGCCACCUUCGAGGAUGAGCUGGCGCACGAGGCCGUAGCUAGGAAACACUGUACAGUAAGUCACUGCGUGGAAGCCGGUCUGUCAAGCCGUUGUCGGGCCUUGAUCAUGACGCACUUCUCUCAACGAUAUCCUUCCAUACCACGAAUUCGAGUCCCUGUGGGUUCACUAAGUCCUGCGAUCAUUGCCUUUGGCAUGGACUUUUUGCGGGUCCCUAUGACCUGGUGCCGUGAAGCAGACCUGUCAUCCGUUGGUGAAGCAUUCCGCACUCACAGAAAGGUGAUUGCAUCUCUCCAAGAAAAUCUCGUACGACUGACGGCCGACGAUGACGCCUAG